AUGGCCUCUGACACUUCUUGUUUCCCUGUCCCACAGCUCCAGGAGACGGUGAAGAGGAAACUGGACAGCGCACGCUCGCCCCUCAAUGGUGACCAGAACGGGAUCUGCGACGGGAGCUAUUCCCCGACCACCAAGAGGUUACGAAAAGACGGACCAGGAUCGGGCGGACUGGACUCUCUCCCGGGCCUCCCCAACAACAACGCCCCCCCCAUUUCCCCGCUCCACCAGAUGGACAUCAAGCCCUUACUGGGAGUCACCGGCAAUCCCAACAACCCCAGCGUCAACAACAACAACAACAACAACGUGAAUGUCAACAACUGUAACUCCGGUCCCGGCAGCAAUGGUAGCCAUGGCAACCACGCUGGCAGCGGCUUGGGCUCAGGUCGCCCGGCUGACGUCAAGCUCAACGGUUCCUUAGACCUGGAGGACGGCUUCGGACUCCUCAAAGACCUGAAACAGGAGCCGCUCGACGACGGGGGAGGGAUUGAGUCGUCGGACACGUCCUUGUCCAAUCAGAACAAGCUGUUUUCGGACAUCAACCUGAAUGACCAGGAGUGGCAGGAGCUGAUUGAUGAGCUGGCCAAUACGGUGCCGGAAGACGACAUGCAGGACCUCUUCAAUGAAGACUUUGAGGAGAAGAAGGAAGCAGAGUUUACCAGGCCGGCCAAUCAGACCCCGGUACCGCAGGACCCGCCUCCCAUGGCCACUGUGGCUCAUCAACAGACGAACCAAGCGCAGGGGGCGGCACAAGUCCCCAUGGGUUCCCCACAGGUCCGGCCGUCGUCUUCGGGCCCUCAGUUUGCCACCGCCGCCAACGGGACACCGCCCCAGCAGCCUUUGCAGCAGUCCCCACAGGUCGCCAUGGCCUCAGGCUCCCCUCUCCCCAACUGUGUGGCCCGGUCGCCGCAGACGCCCACCCAGGCCCAGACGCAGGCCGGCCCCAGACCAGGGAAUGGAUUUAUGAUGAACCCAGGCCAAGGUGUGGGCCAGACGGGAACAGGAUCCAAUGGCCCUGGAGUCCCCACUGGAAUCCAAGGGCCUGGGCCGGUGACCUCUGAACUGUCGCCUGCUGAGCAACUGAAAGCGAUGGCGGCACAGCAGCGCGCUAAGCUAAUGCAGCAGCAGAAACAACAGCAACAACAGCAGCAGGCUAACUGGUCCCCAGCCGGAGCUCCAACCAGCCCCUACGCCUCUGCUCCUUUCAACCAGCAGGACAAGCCCAACAGCCCGAUGAUGUACCCACCUCAAGCCUUCAACCAGCAGGACAAGCCCAACAGCCCGAUGAUGUACCCAUCUCAAGCCUUCAACCCUGGCCAACAGGGCCCCCUGGUGGCUGGGAUGACCUCGAGCAACAGCCCCAAAGCUCCCAUGAACAACUACCUCCCUCAGAACCCCCACAACCACAUGGGCAUGAUAAGUCAACAACAACAGACAAACAACAUGGGCGCCCAACAGAACACCCUCUCUAAACAACAACAACAACAACAACUACAACAACAGCAAACGGCAGCCAUGUUGUCCUACAACAACACAAAGCCGCUGAGUCACUUCAGCACGAUGGGGGUCGAUCACAUGGGGCAGAGGAUGACCCCGCCCAUGGGAUCACAGGUCAAGAACCCCAUGAUGCCCCCAUACAUGCAGCAGGGAGGGGUGCAGGGGGCGGGGCCGGGCCAGACCCAGGGACCAAUCCCGGGCCAGACGGCUCACCUCAGCGAGGAGCAGAAGAGGAUGCUGCUGAUGAAGCAGAAGGUGCUGAACCAGAGCAUGCCCUACAGCGCCAUGCAGCCCCACGGACAGGAACAAGGUGUGGUGGGAAUGUCGCGGCAGCCCGGUGCCGUCCCACCCCCUCACCCUGCCGGGGGUGUGGCCUCGGGCGCGGGGCCCAAUCAGGGCGCAGGGGCCCCUCCCGGUUACCUGGGCAACCAGCAGCAGGCGGCCAUUAUGAAACAGAUGAUGGUGAUGGAGCAGGAGAAGAGAGUUCAGCUCCACAUGAUGGAACAACAGAAACAACAGCUACUGAGAGAACAGAGACAGCAGCAACAACAGAUACUAUUGGCUGAACAG